ACGAUGGCUCUCGCAGCUCAACAACAGACUCAGGCCAAUUGGGGCCGCUGGUCUCAGCAGAUUCCGCAAAGCUAUCCCAUGAUGAACUCUCCAGGAUUCAUGCCAUAUGAUUCCAGAGCUCCGGCCGACAAUCAGAUGCAGCGGCAGAUGUCUACUCAGUACUUGGUGAACUCGAACUAUAACCAGCCCCAGAUGCCCACUAUGUCGUCUUCUCAGUAUCAACACGCGGGAGCAUUUUCCUAUGUGCCAUACCACAGUCCACCACCGUCAACUCCCCUUGGUUCUCCAUUCAAAAGCGAGUUUCCCGAGCACCCUCUUGCGCGCAUGGCAAACUCUACGGUCGGUGGACACCACUCUGAGGCGAUGAGAGAUUACCAACCCUAUUCUCCCGUAUCGCGGAGGGGAUCGAUUACUUCAGUCGCUACCAAGCCUUCAAGGGCUCCCGUCACGCCAGGUCCAGCUACUCCCCUCUCUGUCGCUUCAGGUUCCGACGCUCAGAGCCCCAGCACUCCCAACCACCAGGCUGGGUCCCAGCUUAUCAACUCCAAGACUCUCACUUAUAACGAGACGAUUCAUCCCGGCGAUAGAAUCACCUUUAGGACUGAGGUCGAUGAGCUCAUGAAAGCCAUCCAAAAGACACAGACGACCGAGGAGUGCCAGCAAACUCUCACGCCUGCGCAGACACCAAAGGACUGUGCAACAGGCACUCGCGUACUUCGCACUCAGAGCGGGAAGCCGAGAAAACAAUGGGUUUGCGAUGGCCCCAACUGCGGCAAAGCCUUUGUCCAGAAGACGCAUCGCGACAUUCAUCGACGCACCCACACCGGCCACAGACCAUAUGUUUGCCACAUGGAAAACUGCGGCCUUACAUUCUCACAGCGUGGAAACCUCAAGACUCACAUACGGCGUCAUACUGGUGAAAAGCCAUUCUCUUGCGCUGCAUGUGGCAAGUGCUUUGCUCAGCGGGGAAACCUUCGCUCCCAUGAAGAGACACACAAAGGCCUGAAGCCCUUUGUCUGCCGACUCGACGACUGCAACAAGUCGUUUUCUCAGCUUGGCAACAUGAAGACUCACCAAAACAACUUUCACAAGCAAACACUCCAAAAGCUCACCCACAUGUUUGUGCGAUUCUCUGAGCAUGGCGAGGUGCCCAGGGACUACCAGGACCUUUUCGAAUACUUUCAAAAACAUUACAAGAAUAGCAACAAGGGAGUCAAGGGCCGAGGAAAGACUCGCGCCGUGGCAGCUCGUGGGCCUCAAGAUUCUGCCUUUCGACAGGCUGCCUCCCCGGUGCCUGCGUUACUCAGGACCCCGGGUACCACUCAUUUGCCCCAGAUGGCAAUGCAAGCUCAGAAUCCUCACGACAGAAUCUCACCGUAUGCCAUGACCCAGGGAGCUGCCAACACCUUGAGCAAUGUCCUGCGCAACCCAAACCCGGCUUACGGCCUUUACGGACCCGCGUUUGCCUCGGGCCAUGUACGGGAUGGUGUUUUCCAGAUGGGGAUCACUAGCCACCUAUCCUGA